AUGACGCUCCACCAGGUCACUAAUAUUCAGGCCUGUUCGGCAGAAAUUGCGGAAUUGAGCAGGACCUUUGAUGGUUCUUCCGGACGGUUCAUGGUCGACAGCCUGCCAUUAUUGAAGAAAUCUGAGGAACUUGUCGCUCUUGUGCAGUCCCCUGCGGAGCAUGCCACGUCGUUAAUUCUCAGAACCAUGGAAACGGCUGUUAUUAGAACGCUCUUGUCUUUGAAUGUCCUUCAGGCUAUUCCAGCUACAGGCUCCAUCUCUCUUCAAGACCUUGCAGUGGCCACCGAGACCCAGGCAGCCCUCCUCGAGCGUCUCCUGAGAGUAUUGACAAGAACGGGAUUUCUUAUUCGCGAGAAUGGUGCAUACCGACACACACACACAUCCUUGGCCUACGCUGGUCCGCUUGGGGCGCUUUUCGCACCCUGUUACGACGAAGGGAUUCGGGCCUUGACUAGGCUUCCCGAAUAUCUGUCGAUAAAGGAGAAAGAAGAGGCAAAAAGCGCUAAAUACAGCCCUUUUACGUGGAACGAAGGUCAAGAGGGCAAGACCACAUUUGAGAUUCUGUCUACGAUGCCGGCAAGAACAGAAGGCAUACACACUUUGGCAUCUAGCGUCCAGCAUUUGCGCCCAUACACUGGAUUCUUUGACUACAAUACACUUGUCUCUGAAGAUCAUGAAAGGCCAGUUUUCGUGGACGUGGGAGGUGGUAAUGGGCACGUUAUUAAGGAGAUACUGCAAGCAUUCCCUCAGAUACGGCCUGAACAGUGCAUUUUGCAAGAUCGUGCAGAAACAUUAGACCUAGCCAGGACGACGGGCUUGCUUCCUGCUGGCGUGCAGCUUCUCGAGCAUGACUACCUUACUCGUCAGCCAAUCCCAAAUGCGAAGGCAUAUCACCUACGUGCAGUAGCUUAUAAUUUGGGCGAUACCGAACUCGUUCAACUGUUGAAGCAGAUAGUGCCAGUUAUGGCCACUGACUCCAAAGUUUUGAUCGCCGAGAAUAUUCUGUUUGAUGAUAACGGUACUGCCUUCAGUACAGUGUCAGACAUGAUCAUGUUGUGUAUCGGCGGCAAAGAAAGAACGGAGCAAAACUUCCGCGAAGUCCUCGAUAAAGCUGGCCUUAGGGUCGAUAGCAUUCAUCGUGCGCCUGGAUUGGAGUAUGGAAUUGUAGAGGCGAGCCUGAAAAUGUCCUGA